GGCCUCGGUCCCGGCGGCGUGGCCCCCCUGGCCGGGUCCGCACGAGCCCGGUCCUCGGUGGCCUCCCGGGUGCCAGCGUCUCGGCGCCCAACCGGACAAGCAGCCCGGCUGCUUCCCGUGCAGGCGCCGCGGCGCGGGGACAGGUCCACGAGGCCGCCGCCGCCUCUGACGCCGUGUAGCACACGCUGACGAGGCGCCACAGGGCUGGAUGGCUCUGGGCUUGGACGCUCGGCGAGGCUAGAGGCCAGUCCCCCGGUCUCCAGGCGCCAGGGCUGCAGCCGCCGGCUCAAGGCGGGCAGGGGGGGCGACUGGACGACCAGACAGACUUGCUUGUUGGCUGCCUGUGUGGUUUGCUGUGUUCCGUGUCGGCAUGGCUGCUAGUUUCCAACAGGAAAUCUCGGUGGCUCUCCAAUUUGAGACCCAAGAAGUAGCCGCCGAGUGUCCGGGGUGCUGACUUGAGGCUGGUCUGUGUUCUAAGAGAGAGAGAGAGUGUGCCCGUGCCUCCUUGCAUGUCCGUGAGGGGAGGGUCCAAGGGAGGAGGAGAGAGAAUCUUCAGCAGACCCCGCUGAGCGUGGAGCCCGAGGGGCCUGAUCUCACGACCCCGAUGUUGUGACCUGAGCCGAAAUCAAGAGUCAGAUGCUUAACCGACUGAGGCAACCAGACGCCUCUGCUGCAGAGUCAUUUUAUUUUUUAAAAAAGAUUUUAUUUAUUUAUUUGAGAGAGAGGGAGGGAGAGAGAGCAUGAGAGGGGAGAAGGUCCGAGGAAGCAGCAGACUCCCCGUGGAGCUGGGAGCCCGAUGUGGGACUCGAUCCUGCGACUCUAGGACCAUGAUCUGAGCCGAAGGCAGUCGCCCAACCAACUGAGCCACCCAGGCGCCCCCGCAGAGUUAUUUUAAACAAAUGUCUUGACAGCCUCUGCUGGGGUUUGGGUGCCAGGCAGGGUAUGGCCUGGAAGCUCCGAGGAAAAUGUCAGAAUACAGCUUUUCCGGCAAAGGAAGAAGCAGAAAGCAGUCUCCCGGUGAUUGUUCCCGCUGAAGUGGGUGCCCCCUCCCUCUGUAGGGAGGUCAUUUCUCUGGGUUUGGUCACUGCCUCCCGACUCCUGAGCCUGGGCCAUUCCCCACUUGCAUGCCACCCCUCCCCACACACCCUGGUGGGAUCUGCUGAAGAAGAGUAGUGAGCCCUGAUCCCAGGAGGGCUGGGCACUGCUGUCUCGUGGAGCGUGCUCAGCGCUGGGCCCCAGAGACAGCGGCGACAACAGUGACAGAGACCAGGCAGACGGGCAGAGAGAAGGGAUGACGAGGCUUGGAGAGCUCCCCAGCCCCCAUGCUAGAAUGCCGUGCCUGGAUGCUUCCGGGGCCCUGCAGGAAGGGGCAGCGGGGGCGGGGGCGGGGGCUGCUGUUGGAGGCUCUGCUCAGGCCCGAGUCGAGGUGGCACCGUGCCGGAUGGAGACGCUGAAGCAGACGCCAAGAUCUGCGCGGGGCAGGGCAGGGGAGGAGACCAGGAGGCUCCUAGCGUAGCUUGCUGUCCUUCUCGGGUGCCCCUGUGUCCUGCUGGAAAUGCUCUUGUAGCGUGUGGCCCACAGAUCCCUAACGCCAGUGGGUGGGCAGGCUGAGCGGCCGGCCCUGGAUCGGCCCAGGACACUGAGUCCUUUAUUUCCAUGUGGUGCCGAUUUCUGGGCUCUGCAGGCGGGAGGGGCCUGCAGUGGGGCUGUCCGCUCACGCACGCUUGGGCUCGUGGUUGCCUGGGGCGAGGCACACUCCGGCUGAGUGUAGCUUAGAGGGGUGUGUGGGAAGGGCAAGGAGUAGCGGUUCUGGUGGCUUCCCAGCGAGCAGGUUCCCAGCAGAGGGAGGCAGGGGUGGGGACACGCAGGCCGCCAGCUCGGGCUGUGCUGCUCUGCCCAGCUUGCGUAUCUGUAGCAGCUGCCGUGGGGACUGGGCCGGCGGGGGUCCACAGUGUCCCUCCCCUGUCUGGAGCUUGUUGGUGCCCGGGGUCCCAGGCUUUCUCGGGGGUGUUCUUGCGGUAGCAGGCCUGGGCUGGGCGCUGCUCUGUAGAAGAAAUAAGAAGCUCUUGGCCCAGGUGCCCCAUGUUGGCAGGGGCCAGAGCCCGGCAGGGAAGACAGCCGGGGAGUGAAGGACGGGGGGCCGAGUGGCCCACGAGGUCCCGGAGCGGCUCCACCCACCAUGGACCCAGACCCCCAGGCAGGCGUACAGGCGUCCGCCACCCCAACAUCAUCUGCGACUGCUGUAAGAAGCACGGGCUGCGGGGCAUGCGCUGGAAGUGCCGCGUCUGCUUCGACUACGACCUGUGCACGCAGUGCUACAUGCACGACAGGCACGACCUGGCCCACGCCUUCGAGCGCUACGAGACGGCCCACUCCCGCCCGGUCACCCUGAGUCCCCGCCAGGGCCUCCCAAGGAUCCCGUUGAGGGGCAUCUUCCAAGGCGCGAAGGUGGUACGGGGCCCGGACUGGGAGUGGGGCUCGCAGGACGGAGGGGCAGGGAAGCCAGGCCGAGUGGUGGACAUCCGUGGCUGGGAUGUGGAGACAGGCCGGAGCGUGGCCAGUGUGACGUGGGCCGAUGGCACCACCAAUGUGUACCGUGUGGGCCACAAGGGCAAGGUGGACCUCAAGUGUGUGGGCGAGGCGGCUGGCGGCUUCUACUACAAGGAGCAUCUCCCAAGGCUCGGCAAGCCGGCGGAGCUGCGGCGCAGGGUGAGUGCCGACGGCCAGCCUUUCCAGCACGGGGACAAGGUUAAGUGUCUGCUGGACACAGACAUCCUGAGGGAGAUGCAGGAAGGCCACGGCGGGUGGAACCCCCGGAUGGCGGAGUUUAUCGGACAGACGGGCACUGUGCACCGCAUCACGGACCGUGGGGAUGUGCGCGUGCAGUUCGGCCGCGAGACGCGCUGGACCUUCCACCCUGGGGCUCUCACCAAGCACAACGCCUUCUGGGUGGGCGAUGCGGUGCGGGUCAUUGAUGACCUUGACACCGUGAAGCGGCUGCAGGCCGGCCACGGCGAGUGGACAGAUGACAUGGCUCCUGCCCUGGGCCGCGUCGGGAAGGUGGUGAAGGUUUUCAGGGACGGGAACCUGCGCGUGGUGGUUGGCGGUCAGCCGUGGACCUUCAGCCCCUCUUGCCUGGUGGCCUACCGGCCCGAGGAGGACGCCAACCUGGAUGUGGCCGAGCGUGCCAGGGAGAACAAAAGCUCCCUGAGCGUCGCCCUGGACAAGCUGCGAGCCCAGAAGAGUGAUCCUGAGCACCCGGGGAGACUGGUGGUGGAGGUGGCCCUGGGCAGUAUGGCCGGGGCCCUGGACCUGCUGAGGCGGCGCCCUGAGCAGGCAAGCUCCCGACGCCCCCCCGCCCCCCUGCGGCCAGGCCCGGGGUUAGACCAGGGACUGACCCGGGGGCUCUCCCGGCAGGUGGACACCAAGAACCAGGGAAGGACGGCCCUGCAGGUGGCCGCCUACCUGGGCCAGGUGGAGCUGGUGCGGCUGCUGCUGCAGGCCCGGGCGGCCGCGGACCUGCCAGACGACGAGGGUAACACGGCGCUGCACUACGCCGCCCUGGGGAACCAGCCCGAGGCUGCCCGCCUGCUCCUGAGCUCCGGCUGCGGGGCCAAUGCCCUGAAUGGCACCCGGAGCACAGCCCUCCACGUGGCCGUGCAGAGGGGCUUCCUGGAGGUUGUGCGGGUCCUCUGUGAGCGCGGCUGUGACGUCAACCUGCCCGAUGCCCACGCCAACACGCCUCUGCACUGUGCCAUCUCGGCGGGUGCUGGCGCCAGCGGCAUCGUGGAGGUCCUCACCGAGGUGCCGGGCAUCGACGUCACCGCCACGAACAGCCAGGGCUUCACCCUGCUGCACCAUGCGUCCCUCAAGGGCCACACGCUCGCUGUCCGGAGGCUUCUCGCUCGCGCACGCCAGCUGGUGGAUGCCCAGAAGGACGACGGCUUCACGGCCUUGCACUUGGCCACCCUUAACAACCACCGGGAGGUGGCCCAGAUUCUCAUCCGCGAGGGCCGCUGUGACGUGAACGUCCGCAACCGGAAGCUCCAGUCCCCGCUGCACCUGGCCGUGCAGCAGGCCCACGCGGGGCUGGUGCCGCUGCUGGUGGACGCGGGCUGCAGCGUCAAUGCCGAGGACGAGGAGGGGGACACGGCCUUGCACGUGGCGCUGCAGCGUCAUCAGCUGCUGCCUCUGGUGGCCGAUGGGGCUGGGGGGGACCCAGGGCCCUUACAGCUGCUGUCCAGGCUACAGGCCUCGGGCCUCCCGGGCAGCGAGGAGCUGACGGCGGGCGCGGCGAUCGCCUGCUUCCUGGCGCUGGAGGGCGCCGACCUGAGCUACGCCAACCACCGCGGCCGGAGCCCGCUGGACCUGGCCGCCGAGGGCCGCGUGCUCAAGGCCCUGCAGGGCUGCGCGCAGCGCUUCCGGGAGCGGCACGCGGGCGGCAGCGGGGGCGCGGCCGCGGGCCCGAGGCUGGUGCUGGGCCCCCCCAACACCGUGACGAACCUGCACGUGGCCGCGCCGUCGGAGCCCGAGGCCGCCGAGUGCCUGGUGUGCUCGGAGCUGGCGCUGCUGGUGCUGUUCUCGCCGUGCCAGCACCGCACGGUGUGCGAGGAGUGCGCGCGCAGGAUGAAGAAGUGCAUCAGGUGCCAGGUGGCCAUCGGCAAGAAGCUGCGCCCAGCCACAUCCGCCUCGUGUUCCAGUGCGGCCACGGCGCGUGCGCACCCUGCGGCGCCGCGCUCAGCGCCUGCCCCAUCUGCCGCCAGCCCAUCCGCGACCGCAUCCAGAUCUUCGUGUAGCCCCCCCGCCCCGCGCCCCGGCCGCGCCCGCCGCCUUCCGGAGCCACGUCCCCCCGUCGCCUUCGCAAGCCCCCGCGCCGUGUUUUAUAAAAAGAUUCUCGGACUUUUCCGCUUGGUGCCUGCCUGGGGCGGACUCGGGGCGGGGGGCGGGGUGUUGUCCGCCCCGGGGUCCCGCCCCGCCCCGUCGCUGCCCCCGCCCCGGGCUGGCCUGCGCGGCGCCCCCCUCCGCCCUGCGCUCCGGGCUCUGCGCCUUGGCCCGUGCCCCGCGCGUCCUGCCCUUUCUAGCGCUGACGCUUCCAGAGCCCCGCGCAGACCCCGUCCCGGGAGCCCGAGUCCUGUCCCCGGGCCGAGACGCAGGCCGCCUCCCAGGCUCCCGGCCCGGGGCCGCGGAAGGAUGGAGCCUGGGGACGUGGUGUCCGCCAUGAGUCCCGGUGUCCGCCCCGCUUGUGGGCUUCCCCCGACCCGCUGCUGCGUCGCCCGCACUGCCCCUUUCUCUUCCCCGGCGGGCUGUGAGGUGGUCUCUGACCCCGUUCUCUCCCGGCCAGUGGGGUCCCUGCUAAGCAGGGAGUUGGGGAAGGGGUUUCGGGCGGCGGGGGGUGGGGGGCACCGGUAGGGUCUUACCAACCCU